AUGCUGGAGAAUGGAUCUCUGAGGAACUGCUGCGACCCGGGCGGGAGGGGUCACUUCGGCUCGGCGGAGCGGGAGGCGGCGGCUGGAGGCGCCCCGCGGCCCGCCUGGGUGGUGACGGCUCUCUCCAGCGUGCUGAUCUUCACCACCGUGGUGGAUAUUUUAGGCAACCUGCUGGUCAUCGUGUCCGUCUUCAAGAACCGCAAGCUCAGGAACUCAGGUAAUGCAUUUGUGGUGAGCCUGGCUUUGGCUGAUCUGGUGGUGGCCUUGUAUCCAUACCCACUGGUGCUCUUAGCUAUUUUCCACAAUGGAUGGACUUUGGGUGAAAUGCACUGUAAAGUGAGUGGCUUUGUGAUGGGACUAAGUGUGAUAGGCUCUAUUUUCAACAUCACUGCAAUUGCAAUUAACCGAUAUUGCUAUAUAUGUCAUAGCUUUGCCUAUGACAAAGUGUAUAGCUGUUGGAACACAAUGCUCUAUGUCUCUUUAAUCUGGGUAUUAACAGUAAUUGCAACUGUGCCAAAUUUUUUUGUCGGCUCCUUGAAGUAUGAUCCACGCAUCUAUUCAUGCACAUUUGUUCAGACUGCAAGCUCCUACUAUACAAUUGCAGUUGUGGUAAUUCAUUUCAUCGUCCCUAUCACGGUUGUGAGCUUCUGCUACCUUCGAAUUUGGGUCUUAGUGCUUCAAGUUAGAAGACGAGUCAAGUCAGAAACAAAACCAAGACUGAAACCGAGUGACUUCAGAAACUUUCUUACCAUGUUUGUGGUUUUUGUGAUUUUUGCCUUUUGCUGGGCACCUCUAAACUUCAUAGGACUGGCUGUAGCCAUUAAUCCUUCAGAAAUGGCACCAAAAGUUCCUGAGUGGUUAUUCAUUAUAAGCUACUUCAUGGCCUAUUUCAACAGCUGCCUUAAUGCAAUAAUAUAUGGACUUCUUAACCAGAAUUUUCGGAAUGAAUACAAACGUAUUUUAAUGUCACUGUGGAUGCCAAGGCUUUUCUUCCAGGACACAUCCAAAGGAGGAACUGAUGGACAGAAGAGCAAGCCCUCUCCUGCUUUAAACAACAAUGACCAAAUGAAAACUGAUACCUUGUAAAGGGAUGAUGGUUAAUGCAAAAGUUUGUCACAGAAAACUCCAAUGAUAGAAUUGCAAUGUUCUAGUCAUUCUUGCUGACUCUGGGGGACCUUCCACUUGGAUGGUACUUUGUGACUGGAAUACUGUCUUCUUGGUAAAGCACAUUGCUCAUAAUUCAUAAUUUAUACAAGAUAUCAAUUGAAAAUACAUUUCAAAAUUAAAGCAGCAGAUGAGUGCAAACUAUUUUGUUUUUGAGAGUUGAAUUCAACUUCAAGGCACUUGAGGCAUGUUUUUAUUCCUGUAGGAACCUGGCAUACUUUCUCCAAGGUCAGGAUUUGGUUCUCAAAAGAUGCAGCAAGGGUACUUGUCUAU